AUGGCUUUACAGGCUCCCCUCUCCCAGUUGCCUAGCCUCUCCGCAAUUGCUCCAGAUGUCUUUACGACGCUGCCCUCGCUCUUUACUUCGCCGCUUCAAACUCUCCGACGCUAUCGCCUGGCGCGGCUGCGCACCGAAGGAGAUGUAUCGGGAUCGCGGCAGAUACACUCGGCUGGGAAAAAUCUUUCUUCAAGUGUCGUUCUCCCAGAUUUCCUCGCCUCCCUUCCGACCAACAGUAUCCCAUCGCAAACACUCAACCUAAAUUCUCGCCGAACAAUACCCUGGAUGUCUCGAACCAUUUCCUCAUCAGUUACCUCUCGUUUGAACCUGGCACCGACCCUGCGCCGGGAUUUGUCAACCAGAGUUCCCAAUGUCUCACCAAGUGCCGCCUCAGGAAAACGCUCGAUAAGAUCACCUUUGACCCAGUCUUCAUUCACUUCUUUAGUGUUUGGUCCCCCACGGCGAGGGAAUAAGUCAAGCGCGAACAAGCAAUAUCGACAAUUCUCAACGACCUCCCCGCUUGCCAACCAAAACAUGUUGGCCCACGCCGAACGUACUGCGAACAACAAUCCUACUAGUGCCACCGCCCAAAAUGCAUUCUAUUCCGCCCUCCUCCGUGCAAACAUGCCCAAGCUCGUCAUUGAAAGAUAUCAGUCAGGUCGAUAUGCCACCAAUCCCGCAACGGAUGCGGCAUAUCUCAAAGCUCUACAGAUGACCGGCUCGGUGCCCGCCCCAGGCACGCCCGGUUCCAACGUUACUGGCACACAGGGAAAUGGGCUCAGUGCAGACAAGCUAAGGGCCGUAGGCCAGGCGGUUGCUGGACAGAACUAUGGUGGACAAGUGAUCAUGCCGAGCAACAAAUCUGGUACAGGUGCCAAAGAAGCGCCGCUUUAUGUGGUGGUUGAAGAGUCAUGGGGUGCAACCAUCCUAAAGUGGGUUCGAACGUUUCUCUGGGUCGGCUUGUCUGGCUACUUCCUCUUGGUGGUCCUGACCAUGGUCGUGGAGAUGACGGGUAGUUUCCGGACGAGGGUUGGACAAAACAACGAGGUACAACCCCAACAUCAGACCGUCCGCUUCAGCGAUGUGCAUGGUUGCGAUGAGGCCAAAGAGGAACUUCAAGAGCUGGUCGAAUUCUUGAAGAACCCGGAGAAGUUUAAUCAACUAGGAGGCAAGCCCCCCAAGGGUGUUCUUUUGGUGGGCCCACCUGGUACUGGCAAAACGAUGCUUGCGCGUGCCGUUGCAGGUGAGGCUGGUGUGCCGGUGUUCUACAUGUCUGGCUCCGAAUUCGAUGAGCUUUAUGUGGGAGUCGGUGCUAAACGAGUUCGGGACCUCUUCACUCAAGCCCGCAACAAGGCCCCUUCGAUCAUCUUUAUUGACGAAUUGGAUGCCGUUGGCGGCAAGCGGAAUGCACGUGACCCUGCUUAUGCGAAACAGACACUCAACCAACUCUUGACGGAAUUGGAUGGAUUUAGCCCGAGCACCGGUGUUAUUCUCAUCGCCGCGACCAACUAUCCGGAGUCUCUGGAUAAGGCGCUCAUUCGACCGGGACGAUUCGACCGACAUGUCAAUGUGCCUCUGCCCGAUGUUCGCGGUCGGAUACAGAUCCUAAAGCACCAUAUGAGAAAUAUGCCCAUCGCAGCUGAUGUGGAUGCGACCAAUCUUGCACGCGCUACAAGCGGCAUGUCUGGCGCCGACUUGGAGAAUCUUUGCAACCAAGCUGCAGUUCAUGCUUCACGGUUGAAGUACAAGAAAAUCACAGCCAUGAACUUUGAGUGGGCCAAGGACAAGAUUAUGAUGGGGGCUGAAGCCAAAUCCCGCAUGAUUCGAGAAAAGGACAAGAUUCAGACCGCUUAUCACGAAGCUGGCCACACUUUGGUCAAUUUGUUUACUCCGGCCAGCAAUCAACUGUACAAAGUGACCAUCAUCCCACGUGGUCAAGCACUUGGUGUCACCCACUUUCUCCCUGAAAUGGACGAAGUGAGCCGAGGUUACGAUCAAUUCAUCGCUUCGAUUGAUGUCUCAAUGGGCGGUCGAGCCGCUGAAGAAUUGAUUUAUGGUCCAAACAAGGUGACCAGCGGUAUCUCGCACGAUGUUCAGCAAGCCACUCGGACCGCAUUUUAUCUUGUCACCCAGUGCGGGUAUUCCCCAAAGUUGGGAAAUGUCGAUCUUGCUUCCGACUAUGACAAGCUAUCGAGCGAGACGAAACAGGAAAUCGAACGAGAAGUGCGGCAGAUUGUGGAAGGCGGUCGAGAACGAGCGGAUCGAAUUGUCAAAGAGAAGCGGAAAGAACUCGAAGCCUUAAAAGAUGCACUUUUGGAAUACGAAACACUAGACCGGGAGGAAAUUAUGAAGAUUCUACGUGGGGAGAAGUUGAAAAAGAUCGAGGUGGAGCUUCGCGAGGAUGACGACACUGACAACGGAGAUAAUGGGCGAGGAAACAAGUCACAACCCAAGAAGGAGAAGGAGGUUGGCUCCAAAGGCAGCUUAGGGAUUAAGCUGCCUGACGUGCUGCUACCACCUGGGACAGGUGGAAGAGGCGGAGAGAAGGAAGGCGUGUCACGGGUCAGUGAUAGAUGA